AGAGAGGAGAGAGGAAGUCCGGGACGACGUUCAAAGUAGUGUCUCUUCUCACUAGUCAGUGUCACUGUAAAUGUGAGCUUCAAUUUCAAAUUCCCAUGGAAAUUGCUUCGCUUUCGAUACCAAAAUUGAGAAUUAUAUAGCUCAUAAUCCUACUAUUGCAUCUACAUACACGUAUAUAUAACAUUAGGGUUUGAGGAGGAGGAGGAGGAGAUGGCGACAGUGGCAUCCAUCUCUUCUAUGACUUCAUGGACCCCUGAAGACGACCUUCUGUUGAAGAAUGCUGUCGAGGCCGGUGCUUCUCUUGAAGCACUUGCCAAAGGGGCUGUGCAAUUUUCCCGCAGAUUUAAUUUUCAAGAACUGCAAGCCCGGUGGCAUUCUCUGCUCUAUGAUCCUGAUAUCUCAGCUCAAGCUUCUGCUGGCAUGGUUGAGCUUGAACUCUCUGGCUCCAAUUUGUCAUCAAAACUUAGUGGAUCAGACUAUUCCAAAGGAUGUAAGGAUGUCCCUGAGAAGAGGAAAAUUGGAAGCAUUCGCAGACAAUAUUUUUCCAUGCGAAAGAGACUUCGAAAUGAAAUUUUAAAUUCUAAUGAUAUGGGUGUUCUGGCUGAACCCAAUUUCCGUGACUGCAGUGGAAAUGGAUGUGAUUUUCAAGACCACAUAACACUUGAUAAUGAGCCUCGGAGUGGAGAUUGUAUGCUUGGUGAUUGUAUCCCAAAUCAUUUUGAACUGCAGGAGAUGGACUUUGAUAUCCUGCAUAAUGCUUUUCCAGAAGCAAUGAGGGAUAUUGUUGACACCGCUGCUGUCAGUCAUAAUGGUAAUGCAUUUCAUACUAGAUGCCUCAGGCCCACUGAAGACAAUAGUCCAAAUGGAGUUGGGGGAAAAGAUUGUUUAUAUGGUUUCUCGGAGGAUGUUUCCUCCUCAAAAAGAAAAGAUGGCAGGGGUUCCUUCGAGCUGAAAAUUGAACAUGAAGAUACUCAUCCUCUGGAUGAUAAUUCAAUUACCUUUCUUAAAUGUGAGGGUGUGGAGGAACUUGGCCCAUCACAAGAGCUCCCCAUAAGAAAGCAUUUUGAAACCGAUGAUUCUGAGGUGAAGCUUUUUUCUCAUUUUGAUUCCGUGAAUGAUAAUCCCCAAAAUGUUUGUUCUGGACUUGGAGGAAGGCAGCAGGUCAACUCAUCUGAUUCGGAAGGCAGUGCUUCACUUAACAGAAUGGGAUUGUCAUCUCCCCUGCCUAGUCUGCCCAUUUGGAAAACAAUGGAUGACAUUUCAGCACCUACUAUGCCAGUCAGUGUGAGCCAGGGGGUCUCAAUUCAGGGUGCUGAAGAGACGUCAUCACUUCCCGAUGAUGGUGAUGGAAAGAAGAAAACACCAUUAGGAUCUAAUAUUGUACAGCCUCUAUUGAGAGAUAGACACUAUGGUGUUGACUUUGUUAAUUCAACAGCUGUCUCAGAGGGUGAUGAAUUUCAAGAUAUCUCUGGUUCACUUUUGAACUUUUCAAAAGAGGAUGAGCUUCUUUUAGUGCGUGUAGAUGAGAUAGACGCAAUGGAUAAGUCUUGCUAUGAUAAUACCAAUUCAGUGCUACUGAGUUCUCCUAAUGAGGUUCAGGUGGCUGAUGUAUGCAAUGUUGAGCCUAAGUCAUCCUUAGGUUCAAAACCUUUCCUUGCGACUCCUAGUGGUGCAUGUCCAUCGGAGUCGGAAAAUAUUGCUCCCUCUGUUCAUGUUAAUCAGCAAAAAUUUUAUCAUUCAGAGAUCGGUGUGCCAUCAACAUCAGCGGUGAAUCCUGAUACUCGUGAAAUUAGUGAUGCAAAUACUAACUGCACGUUGAACACCGAAGAUCCAGAUAUCCCAUGCAAUGAUGAUAUUUUCUUGCUUAUCCACCCUUCAACAUUGUUUGCUUCCUCUGAAACACAACCGUUCACCAUAGAUUCUUCUGACCCAGCUUCUUCCUCUGCUAAUCAAAAGGAUAGUGAGCAAAGGCAAAACUUGAUGAAGAAAGGGAGAGAUCCUGCUCACAGUUUUACAUGGUCCCAGAGGAUUGUGCCAAACAUGUCAGAAUUUGCUCCAGGCCACCGACUUGCUGGCUGUGCAGUCAAAUCAGAGUUGCCCGAUGCUAACCACCUCUCUCUGCUAGCCCCGAGAGACCCAAGUCAAUGCAGAUCAGUGUGUGCAAUUCCAAACUCUACCACAGAUGGAGUGCGAGAGGAAGUUGUUGCAAAAACUGAAAUGAGGUUGGUAGACACCCUAACUACGUUUAGGGAAAUGCCAUUACAAGCAGAAGUAUGUGCAGUCAAAACAGGGCUUCAAGAAUCAGUGGUAAACCCUUCAACAUCGAAUCAAGAAGAAUCUGAGAGUGACAAUGAAGUACCUUCUUUUUCAGAUAUUGAAGCUAUGAUACUUGAAAUGGACUUUGAGCCACAUGAUCAGGAUUCAUAUAUUAGUCGCAUAGUCUCUAGGUAUGAAUAUGAGGGAACUAAGAGGACAAUCAUUAGGUUGGAGCAAUGUGCUCGUUCUUCUUUGCAAAGAGUCAUGACAUCUCAAGGUGCCCUUGCCAUUUUGUAUGGCCGCCAUCUGAGGCAUUACAUCAGGAAGUCUGAGGUCUUACUUGGAAGAUCAACAGAUGAAAUCGAUGUUGAUAUUGAUUUAAGAAAAGAAGGUCGUGCUAACAAAAUAUCUAGACGACAGGCAAUUAUCAAGAUGGAAACUGAUGGCUCUUUCUUUUUAAAAAAUCUUGGGAAGAGUUUAAUAUCGGUGAAUGGCAAAUCAGUUGCUACUGGACAGUUGCUGAGUCUGGCUUCAAGUUGUUUGAUCGAGAUAAAGGGAAUGAGUUUCGUGUUUGAAAUCAACGAAAAAUAUGUGAGGGGAUACUUGGAUAACAUUGCCAGAAAAUGCAAAGUAAAGAACAGCAAUUUUGAAUGGUCACCUGAGGGUGAACCAUGAGUGGAGGAGGAAUACUACUGUCAAAAGGUGCUUUCUAUUUUCAGUUUUUUUUUUUGGGGGUAAGUAAUCAGUCUUUUAUACAAGUUUAUAUUAUCAAAGGAAGCAUCCAUAUGCCGCCUACUAGUAGAAUGUGUAGAUAGAAUAUGUUUUAUGUAUAUAAAUUUUAAUCAUUCAGCUCUGGCCAGCGACAUGUGAUUAUGUCCUUUGUUUUCCUUUUCUGUGCCGUUUUUUUCCUGUUGUUAGGACUCAACUGGCC